AUGGCGACUGUUGCUAACGAUCUUUUAACCUCACCACCAACUUCUUUCUCUCUUUCUUCAACGAUAAUAAAAACUUUGGUUGUAGAUGAUAAUAUAAUAACUGGCAAAAUCCUCGCUAAAAUUUUGGAAAAAGAAUUUAAUCAUAAAGUAAAAUGUGUUGUAAGUGGUAAUGAAGCUUUGGAAUUAUUAUCAAAUGAAAUGUUUGAUAUCGUCUUCAUGGAUAUUGAUAUGCCAAAACAGAAUGGAGUUGAAACUUGUAUUAAAAUUCGUAAUACAUCAAUCGUAUUAGAAGAAAACAGAAAAAUUCCUGUUCUUGCUUAUACAACAAAUCCAUGGGAAGAAAGUUUUGACCAAGCAGGAAUGAAUGGUUAUAUCGCUAAACCAGCUUCUUCAGCCAAAGUUCAAGCUGAACUAGAAAAAGUUUAUCAAAAUAUAUUAUGA